UUCCCGCAUCCCAAACGGAACAGCCGCUUAACUGGAAAAACCCUAAACCCUUGCGCCAUCUUUCAUGGGCGGUUGGUCCGCAUAAACCUUUGACGUCCACCGUUCUCCACCCUGCGGCAACACCUCUUUCGAAUCUUUUCUUCAGUUUCCCGAAAUAUUUUUGAAGGAACCUAUAGAUAUUUCAAGUACUGAACAAGAAUGGGGACUUCAAUAGCUUCGCAGUUACAGGCACUCAAGUCAGUGGUAAAAGUCGACACUGAGCCGCCCAAGAAACCCUUUACUCGACCUUCUAUUCUAUUUAAUCCCAAAGAUGCUGCGGAUAUCGACAUCGACACCAUUUUUAGCCUUGCUCUCUCCGGUUUGGAGAUUCUAAUUAGUAAAGAAGAGAGGUUUCGGAACUACAAGAGUACAUUAUUCGGUCACAAGAGUAGGGAGUUGGAUAGGGAGCUAAUGGGUAUUGACAAAAAUAAUCAAAUUAAUAAUGACAUUUCUUCAUAUUUGAGGUUAUUGUCUGACCAUUUUGAAUUAGUCGCUGCUCGAAGGACACUUGAGUACUUGAUACGUAGAUACAAGAUUCAUAUCUACAACCCAGAAGAACUGAUUUUAUGCACUUUGCCGUACCAUGACACCCAUGAGUUUGUUCGAAUUUUGCAAUUAAUUGAUACAGGAAAUGGUAGAUGGAACUUUCUGGAUGGUGUCAAAGCAUCAGGUGCACCACCACCUAGGAAGGUUAUUGUGCAUCAGUGCAUGCGGGAUCUGGGCGUUUUGGAUGCCAUUUCUGAAUAUGCAAGGCCAAAGAAGAUUCAACCAAAGAUUGCUGCUGAUUUUUGUACCGCAAUUAUGAUGGAGGUUCUGGGCUCAUCGCCAGCUGUUAACAGUGAUGCUCUGAGGAUAAUUCUUCAAUAUGUUCUUUCUAGACUUGAAUCCAAUCCCAAAGAGAAACUGCAACAGAAGGCAGGGGCACUGAUGAUUGUUGGUUUGCUAGCCCAAAAAGUGGCAUUAGCUCGUGAACCUCGUAGAGCGUUGAUUCGCUUGGUCGUUGUUGUUGCUGAAGACUGUGCAAAACAGGCAAAUGAUUUGCAAUGGGUUCGUAUGUCAUUGAUGGCGUUGAUUAAUAUCAUUCAGUUGCAAAGUCUGAAGGAGAUUCCCAGGAACAGUGUUGAUAUCCUUGUAAAAAUCAGAUGUAUUUCAGAGGUUCUUGGUGGACUGACUGAGGAGUUCAAUAUUGACAAGUUCCUGACUGUGUUCCUGGACUCCCUUCUUCAGUACAGUUCUGAGUACAGUUUUGCUGACCAGAACUACCAUUGCACUUUGAUUUCAUUAUUGGAGUCCAUUCCUUUGAAAUUCCAUGUUGAUCAUGUGGUCUCCAAACUGCUGGAAGUAUGCUCAACUAUAUCCAAAAAGAUGGAUCAGUCAAACGCUUCGGAAUCAGUGGGAAGCCAACCUAAGGAAAUUCUAGUUUCUCUAUAUAAAAAAUAUCCCAUGGAGCUACGCCAAGCUAUUCACAAGAUUCUUCAGGAUACUGAAGUGCAAUCUGGAAAAGAUGGAUCAAAACAUGAAAUCCUUUCCAGGAUUUUAGAUGGAGAUGGUGAUUUCUCAUUAGAAUUUCCUGAUUCAAAAACUUGGUUUGCGCUCGAACAUCCAAAGGCUGAGGUACGCCGUUCUGCACUGUUGGGGUUGGAUGCAGGUGGAAUUCUGAGAUAUAAGGCUGUUAAUUCGAAGAUGUUCGACAUUGUUCAAGAUGCAGUACUGCGUCGACUUCAAGAUGAUGAUCUGGCUGUUAUUCAAGCAGCUUUAAAUGUGCAGAGUCUAGAUCACAUGAUAAGUCCUUCAAUUCUUCUUGGCACCAUCCAGAGUGUGCUUAGUAGAUGCAUUAAAAUUUUGUUGAUGGGUGCAUCUAAUGAAGCAUCUAUAGCCAGUGAAGUUGCUGUGUCAUGCUUGCAGCUAGCAAUCACAAGUUUUAAAGAUCAAGAUGAAUACAUGAAACCUCUAGCAACAAUGAUUUUUCCUCUAGUUCUUAUCCUACCAAAGACACAAAGAGUGAAUUUGAAAGCUUUGGAACUAGCCAAGGGAUUGAAGUGGCCUUUCUAUAGGAAUCUAAUCGGUCUUUCCUCGUCAAAGGAGAAAUUUGGACUUGAGCGUAUGUCUUCAGUAAAUUUGGAUAAUAUCGGCAAGUUAGCAGAAAAUUUUCGGAUGCACCAUGAAGAGUUGAUACCUUGGCUUUUGGAAUGCUCCAGUAGAUUCCAGCUAUCAAAAACAUUGCUCUUUUUAAUCCUUUUGCAAUCAUUUAUGGUUCCAAAACUAGAUUUUGUUCAGUUUUCUGCAUUAUAUGAUGCCUUGUUUCCAAUCCUUCAACGUGAGUGGGAAAUGUUGGAGUCAACUGGGAAUGUUGCUUUUGCAGAAGCGUCCAACUUAAGAAUGCUGGAUGGGGAUUGCAGAAUGUUUGUCGAGCGUCUAUUUGACAGCAGCGUCAAUGAGUUGGCUUCUGAGAUCCUAGUUUGUUUAUUUUGGAGAUUGGUGGAGGCAUUUGUUACUGCAGCACCUGACGCUGAUAAAAAUGCAAUAUGGUUAUGCAAGCUUAAGAACCUUUAUGUAUUCUUUGCAUCUCAGUCAAGUCAACUUUUCAAGAAGCACCUUACUCACCUUGUCACCAAGUGCAAAUCCUCGUUGUCUGAGUUUCUCCCAAAGUUGUUCACUGAAGAAGGGGUUUGUUCACGAGUCCAAGUUGAGAGUCUUCAUUCCUUCGUGCAUCUUUCUUCUCAGUCAGAUGAGAAUUUAGGAAUUCAAGUGCUUGCUGAAUUUCCUUCUGUUCUUGUCCCUCUGGCUAGUAAUGAUCAGGAUGUAAGGAUGGCUGCCAUUAGCUGCAUUGAAGGAUUAUUUACAGUGUGGUCACGUGUUAACCCCUCUGGAUGUAAAAAUGGAAACAGUGCUGUUUGGGUUUACUUUCUUGGGGAGUUCUUCAGCCUGGUGGUUCAGCAGAAGAAGCUAAUAUUAUCAGACCAGAAUGUUCUUCCAUCUAUUUUCAAGUCUUUGUUCAGCUCCUCUACUGAUAACCUUUUAGUGCAACCGAAUAUUGGAAAGAGGUUUGAUGCGUCGACAAAGGAUGACUUCCUGGUUUUCUUGUUAGGCUCAGCAUUAGGGCUUCCUGCCUUUGCAAAGCUGAAAGUUCUUUCUUUGCUCAAAGGUUUGGGAAGUAAAGUUACAGAAAUUACUGGUGUGAAAUCAUUGCUUCAUGAUCUUCUGGAAAGGCGGUACCAAUAUCAUGUUUUGCACAAUAAGUUAGGUCAGAAAUUGUCAAAAACUGAUGUUGACAUCCUGUGCCUUCUGCUGGAGAUUUGUACAAUGCCUGCAUCGCCAGUUGAUGGAAAUCAAUUUGACGAUCUUUUGCUAGUUAAGGCAUUGGAGAUAAAUGGAAGUGUAUCUGAAGACCCAGCUGUGGUGGAGCCUUGCUUAACAUUUUUGAAGAAUCUUAAUAGUUCUUUGUAUGGAGGUUUAAAGGCUGAAACUCAGGAAAUUCUCUUCAGAUCUCUUGUUAUUCUGUUCCGGAGUGGGAAUGCUGAUGUGCAGAACUCCUCUACAGAGGCCUUGCUACGGAUAAAUAUUAGCAAUUUGGUUGUGAGCAAGAUGCUUGAUUUCGCAGCAGGUUGUAUAAGUAGUUCUAGUGGUUCUGCUGUUGCGAAGAAGAAAAAGAAACCAGUUACUCAUCAGGACUCUGAUAUGUUAGGUGAUUUGUCUCAGCAAGGAGAGAUUGCAAUCUCUUUCCUUGGCUCUCUGCUUGACAUAUUGAUGUUAAAAAAGAACAUGGAAAACAGAUCUUCUCUUCUGGGUUCAUUGUUUAAACUUCUUCAUCUGAUUUGUAUGAGUAAUGAGGGGGUGCUUGGGACAGUGGAUGAAGCCAGCAAACAUAUCGAGGCAUCAUCUGGAGUCUCUCAGACUGUUUCCAGCAGUCGAGUUUACAUUAAACAGGCAUUGCUAUUAAUCUUGGAAGACAUUGCUUCAUCAACCGUAAAGGAUUCUCCAGAACAGGAUGACAUUUCCCAUGUGUUCGACUUGGAACUGCUGGUUAAAUGUGCUAGUUUGGCAAGUGACACAUCCACGCGCAAUCAUGUGCUCUCAUUGUUCUCCACUGUUGCAAAGAUCAUACCAGAUAAACUUUUGGACCACAUUCUGGACAUACUGAAUGUCACUGGUGAAUAUGCUGUGAGCCAGUGGGAUUCUUAUUCACAACGUGUAUUUGAAGACCUCAUAUCUGCAGUUGUCCCAUUUUGGUUGUCAAGGACUGGUGACAUGGAGAAGUUGCUUCAGAUCUUUGUUGAUGUACUGCCCCAAGUUUCCCAGCAUCAGAGGCUCUCAAUCAUUGUAUGCCUCUUGAGGAAUCUGGGAGAGAGCAGAAGCUUUGGUUCGUUAUUGUUCCUCCUGUUUCAUUCCUUAGUCUCAAACGAGAGUCUAUUCACCUUUUUUGAUGGAGAGCCUUCUAUAGAUGCCAUGAUAACUGUAAUCAAUACAAAAUGGGAGUAUUCAUUUGCCAGGCAAUUAUCUGCACAAUAUUCAUGCAUGACAUGGCUUUCUUCACUCGUAUUGCUGCUCCAGAGAAUAGGAAUCAGUCCUUGGAAUGAACAACAUUAUAUGCUGUUGGUAGUUGCAAUGCAGUUUGUGUUAGAGAAACUGCAAGAUCCUGAGAUUUCUUUCCUGCUUGAUUCAAGAGAAGAUAUAGAUUCAAUUCAGACAACACUAGGAGCUCUUAUGGAGCAAGUUGUUUAUCUUCUACAUUGGGUUAAUGCACGAAAAAAGCGAAUAGGUGUUUUUCUGGCUACAAAAAAUGGACUAAAGGACCACUGUCGUGUUGUUUUGAAGACUAUUGCAGAGGGCCUGGUACCGUUGUCAUACUUCAAAGUGAUCAUUCAAUUGCUGAGACAUGAUGACAAAAAUGUGAGAAAGAAGGCUCUUGGGCUUCUAUCUGAAAAGGUAAAAGAAAGUGGCACCAUCAACAAACUUCAGGAAAGACGGCAAUCUAAGAGAAGCCUUAGAAACUCAUGGCUUCACUUUGAUGAGAGUGCACAGAUAUCCUUUGAUGAAUUGUGUUUGGAAAUAUUGAAGUUAGUUGAUGGUUCAGAUGAUAACUCGGGUGGUGCUUCAUUGAAACUCACUGCUGUUUCAACAUUGGAAGUAUUGGCCUACAGAUUCCCCUCGGAUAAUCCAAUUUUUGGCAUGUGUCUCAAAUCUGUCAGUAAAAACAUCUGUUCAAACAAUUCUGCUGUUUCUUCUGGUUGCCUUCGUGCAACCAGUGCUUUCAUUCAUGUACUUGGUCCGAGGGCCCUGUCUGAGCUCCCUGGUAUCAUGGCAUGCAUGUUCAGCAGAUCACGAGAUAUUUCUGUGCCUGUUGCAGAAGAAUCCAAAAGUCAUGAUGUCAGUUCUUCUACUGCAUCGAGAACUAUGAGGGACUCUGUUUUCUUGUCUGUCCUCAUUAGCCUAGAGGCUGUUGUCGAUAAACUUGGUGGUUUCUUAAACCCAUAUCUUGGUGAUAUUCUGGAACUUCUUGUGUUGCAUCCUUGGUAUGCUUUUGCAGGAGAUGUCAAAUUAAAUUUGAAAGCUGAUGUGGUUCGGAAGCUUGUAACUGAUAAAAUUCCUGUUCGACUUCUACUUCCUCCUUUGCUGAGGAUAUAUACUGAUGCUGUAAAGUGUGGAGGAUCAAGUGUGUCUGCUGUAUUUGAAAUGCUUCAGAAUAUGGUGACUGCAAUGGAUAGAUCUACUAUCAGCACUUAUCAUGUGCAAAUUUUUGAUCUUGGUCUGCUGGCUCUUGAUCUUCGUUGUCAGCAUCCUGAUUCGAUCAAAGAUAUUCAUGUUGUGGAGGAAAAAGUGAUUAGUUCUAUGGUCUCUCUGACUAUGAAACUUACAGAAACAAUGUUCAAGCCACUUUUUGUAAAGAGUAUUGAGUGGUCAGGAUCAUACACGGAAGAAAGGGAGGGAAGAAAAACUAUUCAGCGUGCUAUAUCGUUCUAUGAUUUGGUGAAUAAACUUGCUGAAAGCCAUAGAUCAUUGUUUGUUCCUUACUUCAAGUACUUGCUCGAUGGUUGUGUGCAUCAUCUCAGUGAAGAUACGCAAGUUACUUUAACUAGAAAGAAGAAGAAGGUGAAGCUUCAGGUGGCAGUGGAUGAGAAAAAAGACUCAGGCGAUGAAUUAUCUGUUGGACUGUGGCACCUACGGGCAUUGAUUUUAUCAUCGCUGCAUAAAUGUUUUCUUUAUGAUACUGGGAACCUUAAGUUUCUUGAUACAUCAAACUUUCAGGUCCUCCUGAAACCAAUUGUCUCGCAGCUUCUCAAAGAUCCACCGUCUUCUCUAGAACAGCAUCCUGAUGUACCAUCCAUAAAGGAAGUCGAUGAUUCAUUGGUCGCUUGUGUUGGCCAGAUGGCUGUUACUGCCGGCUCUGACCUUCUCUGGAAGCCCCUGAACCAUGAGGUGCUGAUGCAUACUCGAAGUGAAAAGGUACGGGCCCGCAUGUUGGGUCUGAGAAUUGUCAAAUAUCUGGUAGAGAAUCUAAAAGAAGAAUAUCUGGUAUUCCUACCGGAAACCAUUCCAUUCCUUGGCGAGGUGCUUGAGGAUGUUGAAUUACCUGUAAAAACUCUUGCGCAAGAGAUACUUAAAGAGAUGGAAUUCAUGAGUGGUGAAAGUCUUCGACAAUACCUCUAAUGUUGUGCACUUAAACAAGUGCCUUUGGAAAUGUCUUCACCGAGCGAGUUAAAAACCAAAAUUUUGGCGAUGUACCUCAUAUUUUUGAAGCUAUAGGCUUGAUAGUUUCUUGUACAUAUUGACGACACAAUUGUGUAGGAAUUUGUGCAGGCUAUAUAGCUGCUUUUCCAGUUUUCUCAGGGUAGCACUUUUGUGGGGUUAGUUUUGUUUUCCUCUUUUACCUGUACGAAUAGGCAAAUUUGCUGGAGGACCACGGUUGUUGGAUUUGGUAAUAUGUGAAUAUUUGCCAACUUGUCUUCACGAACA